AUGGCAGAUAUCAAAGAGUACACUACACACGACGUCGCUGGUCACAAUACCAGAGAUAACUUGUGGGUUGUUGUUAAUGGAAAUGUAUACGACAUCACCCCGUAUGUUAGGGAUCACCCUGGAGGCGCCGAUGUUCUUAUCGAAGCUGCUGGGAGUGAUGCGACCGAAGCGUACGAAGAUGUCGGUCAUUCAGAGGACGCCGAUGAGAUCCUCCAAACAUACCGUAUCGGCACACUAAGAGGUGCACAGAAACGAGCUCGCCCAGAAGCAGUCCGCUUAAUUCAACCUACACCUCCGGCACCACCUUCUACGGACCGUUCGGGGUUGCUCAGAUCCACAGCUCUCGCGACAGUCUAUAUCAGCGGAGCAGCUAUUUCAUUGUACUUUGGUCGUCGGUUGUAUGCGACAUUACCAACCUCUCCGUCAAUCAUCUCAGAGCUUCGAAACAUCAAAAUUCCCAGCACGCGAUUUACCCCGGGCGAUUUCUACACGGGUUUUGCAGCCGCAACUGGCAUUUUCACUGUCGUCGGCUCGUUGCUCGCCAGCAAACUAUCGGAAUUCACCAAGGUCAAGUCCGGCUUCACAAAAUACCCUCCGUACAUGAAGUGUCGCAAAGUCGCUCGGACGAAUCCCCACCUCGUGAAAGGAUUUCUUGACGCAAAAGAAUACAAAAGUCUCCCGCUCAUUCGCAAAGAUGCUCUUUCACCGAGUGUCUACAAAUUCAUCUUCCAGUUGCCAAACCCCCAGGACGUCCUUGGGCUUCCUAUCGGCCAGCACGUAGCCAUCAAGGCUAAUAUCGACGGGACUUCAGUAUCCAGAUCAUACACCCCAACAUCGAAUAACCUGGAUAAGGGUCUAUUGGAGCUAGUGAUCAGAUGCUACCCCGACGGCCUGCUGACAGGGAAGUAUCUCGCGAAUCUGGAGGUUGGCGACGAGGUUCAAUUCCGAGGCCCCAAGGGUGCAAUGAAGUACUCCAAGGGUCUGUGUAACAAAAUUGGCAUGAUUGCAGGAGGUACCGGGAUCACACCGAUGUACCAGCUCAUCCGAGCGAUCUGCGAGGAUCCCACUGAUCUGACUGAAGUGAGUCUGAUCUAUGCGAACAGGACAGAAGAAGAUAUUCUGCUCCGUCGAGAGCUGGAGGCCUUUGCGGAGGCUUACCCCCAGAACCUCAAGAUCUGGUAUAUGCUGGAUACGCCGCCGGACAACUGGUCAUUUGGAAAGGGGUUCGUUACUGAACAGGUUAUGAAGGAGAGAUUGCCCGCUGCGGCGCCGGACUGCAAGGUGAUGCUCUGUGGUCCGCCAGGGAUGGUGAAUGCGUCGAAGAAGGCUUUGGUUGCUAUGGGAUUCCAGGCUCCUGGGGCUGUUGCGAAGAUGUCGGAUCAGAUAUUCUGUUUCUGA